AUGAUUAGAUCUGUUACUAGAUCAUCAUUGCUUCGCAAUCGCGUUGCUGGUGCCAGAUUGACUCGUUUGUCAUCGUCGGUUGCUGCUAGCUAUUUCCCCAAUGAGCCCACCGCUCCUUCUGUCAAGACAGCUAUUCCUGGUCCUCAAACCAAGGCUGCUCUUGAGAAGCUCAACAAAAGCAUGGAUAUCCCAGCUGCUUACUUUGUAGCUGAUUAUUACAAGUCUCUUGGAAACUACAUUGUCGAUGUUGACGGUAAUGUUCUUUUAGACGUUUAUGCUCAGAUUGCUUCAAUUGCUCUUGGAUACAAUAAUCCUGCUUUGAUUGAAGCUGCCAAGUCUGAUGCCAUGAUCAAUUCUCUUGUUAACAGACCUGCUACUGGUAACUUCCCUUCCAACGACUAUGCUGAUAUUCUUGAGAAGGGAAUCAUGGCUGCUGCUCCCAAAGGAUUCUCUAAUGUUUGGACUGCUUUAUCCGGUUCGGAUGCUAAUGAAACUGCUUUCAAGGCUGCCUUUAUUUAUCAAGCCUCUAAGAAGAGAGGUUCUGGUGGCUUCACUCAGGAAGAGUUGACCACUACUAUGUCUAACCAAGCUCCUGGUUCCCCAGCCGGAUCUAUUUUGUCAUUCGAGUCUUCUUUCCACGGUAGAUUGUUCGGUUCGUUGUCUGCUACCAGAUCUAAGCCCAUUCACAAGCUCGAUAUUCCUGCUUUUGACUGGCCCAAGGCUCCUUUCCCAAGACUUCAAUACCCUCUUGAGGCGAACGUCGAGGCUAAUAAGCAAGAAGAAAAGAGAUGUCUCGAGGAGUUUGAGAAGAUCUUGACCACCUGGAAGACCCCAGUUGCCGCUGUCAUUGUUGAACCCAUUCUUUCCGAGGGUGGUGAUUUCCACGCUUCUCGCGACUUCUUCCAAGGUAUCCGUGAUAUCACCAAGAAGCACGAUGUUGUCAUGAUUGUCGACGAGGUUCAAACCGGUGUUGGUGGUACUGGUAAGUUGUGGGCUCACGAGCACUGGAACCUCGACUCGGUUCCUGACAUUGUCACCUUCUCCAAAAAGGCUCAAGCUGCCGGUUACUACUUCAGCAACCCUGAGCUUAGACCCAAGCUUGCAUACCGUCAAUUCAACACCUGGUGUGGUGACCCAUCCAAGGCCAUCAUUGCCAGUGCCAUCUUCAACGAAAUCAAAAAGAACAACCUCGUUGAGCGCACCGCUCAAGUCGGUGACUACCUCUUUGGUAAGCUUGAGGCUCUUGCUACCAAGUACCCUCAAAACAUCGCCAACUUGAGAGGAAAGGGUCAAGGUACCUUCAUUGCAUGGGACUGCUCCUCUCCUGAGUUCCGUGACAACUUCAUUAAGAAGGCCAAGGAACUUGGUGUCAACAUUGGCGGCUGUGGUGUUCAAGCUAUCCGUCUACGUCCUGCCUUGACCUUCGAGGAGAAGCAUGCCGAUAUCCUCCUUGACGUUGUCGAGAAGAUCGUCGCCUCCGCCUAG